GCCCGGAGUGGAGAAAAGGGCCUCACGGUGAAGAUGGACAGCCCAGAACGACUAACCCUCCCCAACAGACGGUCCCUGCAGCAUAGAUGGCCCGAACCAGCUCACCCUUCCUUCCCACAGAGGGAAGAUUGACAGCUGACUGCAUGAUCCUGUAUAUAUAGCAUUAAGUUGUCCUGUCCUCGUGAUGAUUAACAAAAUGAACAAGAAGAAGUUGACCGAGAAGAUUCUGAAUCACGCCCUGGGGAUCAUCUAUUUGCUGACUGGGGAGGAAUAUGUGGUUAUGAAGAAGAAUUCCCCACACAGCACUACAAGUCUUCUGACUGGAGAGGUACCAAUCAAGUGUGGAGACAUCUCAAUCUAUUUCUCGACGGAGGAGUGGGACUAUAUUGAACAACACAAGGACCAUUAUAAGGAUGUGAUGGUUAAAAGUCACCAGUCCAUCAGUGCGGUGCGAGUGCCAUCGAACCUAAGCUCAGACUUGCAAGAAGAUGAUCUAGACUGUUUGUCUGGAGCAGAAGAUGCAGGAAAUACAGAGGUGGUUGAGCCCCCAGAACCACCUACAGCGAUUAUUAUUGGUGAAGCUGGUGACAACAUACAGAGUGUUGAACAAGUGGAGGAGACUCUGAAGGAAAGUAUGAAGGAAGAGGAAAUCAUUGAUGUCACAGGUGAAGAAGACUUGCCAUCCAGCACGCCCUAUCAUUCUUUGGACAGGGGAACAGUAGAAGAAUCCCACCAAGCAGCUUGGCUGGAAGGAGAAACUGUACAAACAUCCUAUGUCUCUCAGGAGUUCCAAAGAGAAGACGUCACUAAUAAUUUUUCCAAUGAUCCUUAUGAUGUGGUAAAUCUUAUUUCUAACUCUGUUUCUGAUGAACAUAAACCAUUCUCUCUGGGUGAGAGUUUCCUCCCCGAGAAUAAUCCAUCAUGGGAAAAUGUUCAUAUCGUGAGGAGAAAAAGCCGAAAACAAGACUUGAAAUUUAAAACCGAUUACUUAGAUUAUGAAGCCAUAAAUGAGGACCAGCUGGAGGAUUUGGAGAAUGAUUGUUAUAUUGCCUUAGACCAAGAAUCCUCAACUCCUUAUAUAUGCUGCGAAUGCGGGAGAUGUUUCGUUUCUGAGCCUACCUUGGCCGAGCACAUGAAGAAACAUUCGGUAGAAAAGCCUCAUAGAUGCAGUGAUUGUGGAAGAGAGUUUGAAUACAGGUCGCGACUCAUUGUCCACCAGAGAACACACAACGGGGGUAAGCCUCAUAAAUGUGAAGAUUGUGGGAAGGACUUUAACUACAGGUCUCGUCUUCUUGUUCAUCAGAGGAAGCACACGGGAGUGAAGCCUCAUAAGUGUAACCUGUGCGGAAAACAAUUUGACUACAAGUCCCAUCUUAAUAGACAUCAAAGAACACACACAUGAAGUGGAAGUGUCCCUCUGCGUGUAAGAAGUAUUACUAAGCAGGGGUCGCUCCUUGUUUGCUCACAUGCAGGCGACUGCUGUCGGAAUAUGACAAACACAUGGCACGUGUACUGCGGCACGGACUGUGCUGUUGCCAUGAAAAGCAAUGGAAAAAGAUCAGCGCAAUUGAUGCAGUUAUGAUUGUGAUCUGAUAAGAAUGGACCAAAAGUUUUCUCGUUCAUGGAAGAAGUCCCGAAACAUUUAAUGACAGGCCAUGUGGACUGCACACACUAAUACAAAGCAUUUGUAAUGCAAACCCAUAGAUACUGUAUGUUAAACUUAUCUUUCAUUGUAAUUGUAACCUUUUCCAUCUUACAUGAGCAAUUACCUAUAUACUCAAUAAGAUGACAGUUUGCAACAGUAAUUAAAGACUCAAGAAUGUCUUAUUAAUAUAAAAAUACAACCGAGCCAUUAACAAAACACAAAUCUAUAGGCUGUGUAUGACCUGGGGAGGUAAAAUUACAUCUGAAUAUUCGUAGAGGAAGAUUUUUAGAGAAGAAGCGAUGUUCAACCUUAUAUGGUGGCCUGUGCUCAAGAUAGGUCAUUAGUAUCAGAUUGGUAGAAUGCCGACACUGGGCACCCCCUUUAUCAGCUGCUGUUUGCCAGAGCCAUGGUCCCAGCACAGGCAGUGAAACGGCGCAGACAGUUCUACAUUGUGUAGGGACCAAGCUGGGUUACUGCAGCUUGGAUCCUAUAAGAAUGAAUGAGAGAAGAGCUGCAUUAACCUAGAAAAGCCACUACACAAUGUACUGAUCCAUCUGCUUCAUGUUUAACUGUGUCUGGUGGUGCCAAAUGUCUGCACCCCACUAAUCUGAAAUUGAUUGCCUAUCCUGAAGAUCAAUACAUUUUAGGCAUUAGAUGAUUGCAUUAUACUUAGCAGUGUAUUUUUGGUACAAAUAAAUGCAAAUAAGAAAGAAAAAGUCUGGCACCGCUAGUGACUGUUCAACGCAGGUUUUGCCAGUGUAGACAUAGCACACAGCACGUGUGUCUGUCCAUGAGCCAAAUGAGCCGUGGAGGUGCUCUCAUCCAAAAGUAUACAGGUAUAGUACAGUGGGGCAAAAAAGUAGUCAGCCACCAAUUGGGCACGUUCUCCCACUUAAAAAGAUGAGAGGCCUGUAAUUUUCAUCAUAGGUAUACCUCAACUAUGAGAGACAUAAUGAGAAAAAAAUUCCAUAACAUCACAUUGUCUGAUUUUUAAAGAAUUUUUUUGCAAAUUAUGGUGGAAAAUUAAGUAUUUGGUCAAUAACAAAAGUUAAUUUUAAUACUUUGUUAUAUACCCUUUGCUGGCAAUGACAGAGGUCAAACGUUUGCUGUAAGUCUUCACAAGGUUUUCACACACUGUUGCUGGUAUUUUGGCUCAUUACUCCAUGCAGAUCUCCUCUAGAGCAGUGAUGUUUUGGGGCUGUCGCUGGGCAAAACAGACUUUCAACUCUGGCCAAAGGAUUUCUAUGGGGUUGAGAUUUAAGACUGGCUAGGCCACUCCAGGACCUUGAAAUGCUUCUUACGAAGCCACUCCUUCGUUGCCCGGGCGUUGUGUUUGGAAUCAUUGUCAUGCUAAAAGACCCAGCCCCAUUUCAUCUUCAAUGCCCUUGCUGAUGGAAGGAGGUUUUCACUCAAAAUCUGACAAUACAUGGCCCCAUUGAGUCUUUCCUUUACACGCAUCAGUCGUCCUGGUCCUUUUGCUAUAAAACAGCCCCAAAGCAUGAUGUUUCCACCCCCAUGCUUCACAGUAGGAAUGGUGUUCUUUGGAUGCAACUCGGCAUUCUUUCUCCUCCAAACACAACGAGUUGAGUUUUUACCAAAAAGUUCUACUUUGGUUUCAUCUGACCAUAUGACAUUCUCCCAAUCCUCUUCUGGAUCAUCCAAAUACUCUCUAGCAAACUUCAGAUGGGCCCGGACAUGUACUGGCUUAAGCAGGGGGACACGUCUGGCACUGCAUGAUUUGAGUCCCUGGCGGAUUAGUGUGUUACUGAUGGUAGCCUUUGUUACUUUGGUCAUAGCUAUCUGCAGGUCAUUCACUAGGUCCCCCCGUGUUGUUCUGGGAUUUUUGCUCACCGUUCCUGUGAUCAUUUUGACACCACGGGGUGAGAUCUUGCAUGGAGCCCCAGAUCAAAGGGAGAUUAUCAGUGGUCUUGUAUGUCUUCCUUUUUCUAAUAAUUGCUCCCACAGUUGAUUUCUUCACAUCAAGCUUCUUGCCUAUUGCAGAUUCAGUCUUCCCAGCCUGGUGCAGGUCUACAAUUUUGUUUCUGUGUCCUUCGACUGCUCUUUGGUCUUUGCCAUUGUGGAGUUGGGAGUGUGACUGUUUGAGGUUGUGGACAGGUGUCUUUUAUACUGAUAACAAGUUCAAACAGGAGCCAUUAAUACAGGUAACAAGUGGAGGACAGAGGAGACUCUUAAAGAAGAAGUUACAGGUCUGUGAGAGACAGAAAUCUUGCUUGUUUGUAGGUGACCAAAUACUUAUUUUCUACAUUAAUUUGCAAAUAAAUUCUUUAAAAAUCAGACUGUGAUUUUUUUUGUCUCUCAUAGCUGAGGUAUAUCUAUGAUGACAUUUACAGGCUUCUUAUCUUUUUAAGUGGGAGAACGUGCACAAUUGUUGGCUGACUAAAUACAUUUUUGCCCCACUAUAGAUACUUAAACAGCAAGAGGUAUAAGGAUAACGCACUCACCGCAGGCUUCAAAGCAGCAAAUUCAGGCUUUAUUCAAUAUUCACAGCAGAAUGCCCCCAUCCUCACCUGUUCCGCAGAUGCUCCCUGUGUAUCUGUCCGUUUCAUUAAAGUUGUUUGCUGUGAAUAUUGAAUAAAGCCUGAAUUUGCUGCAUUGAAGCCUGCGGUGAGUGCGUUAUCCUUAUACUUCUUGAUGUUUCAAUAUUUUGGUACAAACCCUUAGUUAAAAUAAAAAAUAGGCCCAAUAGGCCUAGUUCUAUGAAGGUAUACUUAUUUUUUUUUUUCAUAUCACUUUGUAAUAUAUUCCCUGCAGGUUCAGUAAAUGUUCAACCUUCUCUGUUCCUAAAGAAAGGUUAGGGGAGGAGGGGUAUGAGGCUGCAGUCUGUCUUUUUAAGCUUAUGUGGGAGACUGGUGUUGAGAGGAGUUAGAGACGAUUCACUUCUCCAGCCUCACUCCAGCAAGAGUCCCCAACAAUUCAGCACAUUAACAUUAAAACAUUAACAUUUAUGGAAAGGGAAGUAAAACCUCCACUGUGUUAUGAUGUUUUUGUCUAUAAACGAUAAGUGUUGCCUACCAUCUUCAGCAGUGAACUUACUGAUAAAAUAUGACUCUAUUAUUACAGCUGAUAAGCUCUUUUGUGGCCUGUCACAUGCUGCCCUUAUUUCCUAGUGCUAUGUGUAAUACAUAUCCUGCUAUGCAACCACUUUUCUUAUGUAAAACCAAACCAAGCUGAAUAAAACUUGUUUGC